CAACACACACAGACACACUCCAAUAUUUAUAUUUACACACCUAUAGUAAUAAUAAUUAAAAAAAAUUGGAGUAAAAUAUAUUAUUAGAAAUUAAUAUUUGAUAGAUAUAUUAAAUUAAAGUUAAUAAAAAAAUAAAAACAAUGGCUAAAAUAUCAAUAACACCAAAGGCAUACUGUAAAAUAAUACUUCAUGCUGCAAAGUAUCCACAUUGUAGUAUAAAUGGUCUACUCUUGUCAAAAAAAAAUAAAAAUGACACAAAAACAUCUGAUUUAAUAAUUGAAGAUGCAAUACCAUUAUUUCAUCAGUGUCUUCAUGUUUCACCUAUGGCAGAAGUUGCACUUGGACUGGUUGAUCAAUAUGCCAGAGAAAAUGAAAUGAUUAUUGCUGGUUAUUAUUUGGCAAAUGAAAUCAUCAAUGAUGUCAGUGCUGAUAAACCUGCACAUAGAAUUGCUGAUAAAAUUGCUGAAAAUUUUUCUAAUGCUGUACUAGCUGUUAUUGAUAAUCGUGAAUUUACCCAAAAUAUGAAUACAAAUGUUUUAAAAAUAUCUCAAUUUAUUGAUGGAAAAUGGAAAGCCAAAGACAAAACAGAUAUUAGUUAUUUUGAUGAGGAUGCAUUAACUGAGGCAGUUGGAGUUUUAAUAAAAGAUGAGAAAUAUCAACAGCUCAUUGAUUUCGAUAAUCAUUUCGAUAACAUUUCACUUGACUGGAAAAAUUCUGAAUUGAACGUCAUUAUCAAAGAAGCAGUAAUUUCACAAUAAAUUAAAAAAUAAUAAAAAAAUUGUUAAUGAAUAUUUUUCA